AUGACCGACGAAAAAAGAACGGGAAAGAUUAGUAAAGAAAUCGAGGCUACGAGUACGGAGGAGUGCUUUAAGAAGCUCGUUAAAAAGCUUAAAAGGAUUCAAAGCUCUUUACGACCAGGUUUAAAAGAUAAUCGAAGUCUUGCUAACAAGCUGUAUUUAGCUUAUAAAAACGUGUUAAAGACUACGAUUACACGAAUGAACCUUGCUUUUACUUUUACCGCCGCAGUUGCCGAUAUUCGCAAAGCUAUUGCGUUUGCAAAUAAAGCCCCUCGACCUUACGCUAAAGCAAGUAAAGCUUACGCGAGCUUUAGCGAGCCACACGAUCACACUUGCUCUUACAACACCUUAAAAGCUGACUCCGAUUUAGACGAAGAAUACGAAUGCUUUAUUCAAGACCGCUAA